UUCCCACUCCUUCAAUCUCAAUAAAUACGCUCAGCCUCUCAAUUCUUCCUCACAACCGAUUUUCCCAUUUUCCCAUUUCUUCAAGCUUGUUUCCUCUUUCCCGCAAGAUUCUCACAAGCUCAACGCGGGAUUUUCACUUUUGAUUUGCAGAGUAGCAAAGCAACAAUGGCGUCCGGAAACAGGGUAGAUCUAGAUGGCAACCCCAUUAAGCCAAUCACCAUUUGCAUGAUUGGCGCUGGUGGGUUCAUUGGCUCUCACCUCUGUGAGAAGCUUAUGGCUGAAACCCCUCACAAAGUGCUUGCUCUUGAUGUUUAUAGUGACAAGAUUAAGCACCUUCUUGAGCCCGAUUCGCUCCCUUGGGCCGAUCGUAUUCAGUUCCACCGUCUCAAUAUCAAGAAUGAUUCCCGGCUCGAAAGCCUCAUUCGAAUGGCAGAUCUGACGAUAAAUCUUGCUGCGAUCUGUACUCCUGCCGACUACAAUACGCGUCCUCUUGAUACCAUCUACAGCAAUUUCAUCGACGCAAUUCCUGUGGUGAAAUACUGUUCUGGGAACAACAAGCGUCUGAUUCACUUUUCAACUUGCGAAGUGUAUGGUAAGACAAUUGGAAGCUUUCUUCCAAAAGAUAGCCCUCUUCGUCAGGAUCCAGCAUAUUAUGUUUUGAGUGAGGAUGCUUCUCCUUGCAUCUUUGGUCCCAUCGAGAAGCAAAGAUGGUCUUAUGCAUGUGCUAAGCAAUUGAUCGAGAGGCUGAUUUAUGCUGAGGGUGCGGAAAAUGGGCUGGAUUUCACAAUUGUAAGACCCUUUAACUGGAUCGGACCAAGGAUGGACUUCAUUCCUGGCAUUGAUGGCCCAAGUGAGGGUGUUCCAAGGGUUCUAGCUUGCUUUAGCAAUAAUCUCCUACGCCAUGAGCCACUGAAGCUCGUGGAUGGUGGCCAAUCCCAAAGAACUUUUAUAUACAUCAAAGAUGCAAUCGAAGCAGUUCUUUUGAUGAUUGAAAACCCAGCGAGGGCCAAUGGUCAAAUCUUCAAUGUGGGCAACCCCAACAAUGAAGUGACAGUGAAGCAGCUCGCUGAAAUGAUGACCGAGGUUUAUGCAAAGGUAAGCGGGGAACCUUCGCUCGAGACACCGACGGUCGAUAUAAGCUCUGAAGAAUUCUAUGGUGUGGGUUAUGAUGACAGUGACAAGAGAAUUCCUGAUAUGACCAUCAUCAACAAGCAACUUGGUUGGAACCCGAAGACAUCACUCUGGGAUCUGCUGGAAUCAACUCUGACCUAUCAACAUCGAACAUACGCCGAGGCGAUCAAGCAGGCGACAGCAAAACCAGCUGCAUCCAGCUAGAGAAUGUGAUACUCUUCUCUUUUUGGUCAUAUUUUUUCUUCUUCUCAGGCUCUUUACAGGAGUUUUAUUUGUAAUAUGUGGCUGUGUCCAAGCUUUUCUCCAAUUCUUUUCUGAGAUUAUAACUAUAUGUUGAUGGAUGAGUCCCACAUUAGUAACAUUUUUUUUUUCUUCUUGAUUUUGAAAUGUGUUAGUUGGAUAGGUGAUAUGUGUAGCCCUGUUGGGGAAGACUCUGUUAUAUGUAAAAUGAUUGAAUUUCAAGCUUGGACUUACAAGUUAAGGGAGAAUACAAGUAAUCCACUGCUUUUCUGUCCA